UGCCUAGCGAAAGUGCACGCCGAAUCGUAAUUAACAAUUAUCUAUUAAAAAUUUUGUGUAUUUGCCGCAAUGUCGAAAGACACAAACCCCAAGGAGGCGCAGAUAAAGUCCGCCUACGCUGACGUCAACAAGUACGGCAACAAUAGGGAAUACGAUAAGGCAAUAAAAGCUGUUAAUCGCAUACUUGGAGUAGCUCCAGACGACCAAACGGCCCUGCACUGCAAGGUUGUGUGCCUGGUGCAGUUGUCUAAGUUCGAGGAGGCUCAUAAGUUCAUCGAGAAAAAUCGUCUGACGUCGCUGAUUUUUGAGAAGUCAUACUGCGAAUAUCGUCUCAACAGACAGCAGCAGGCGCUUAAAACCAUCGAUGAUGGUAUUGUGCAGCCAUUGCCUCCCAACUUAAAGGAGUUGCGCACUCAAAUACUGUACCGCCUGGAGCGCUACGAAGAGUGUCUGGAUUCCUACAAGGACAUUAUCAAGAACACCAGCGAUGAGUACGAGGAUGAACGUCGCACCAAUCUAAGUGCGGUGGCUGCAAAUUUGGCAGUGGACAAGAACAAGGAUGUGCCCGAUGUGACAGAAGAUACGUACGAGCAGUACUUCAACAGCGCCUGCAUACAAUCGAAUCGUCAGAAAUAUCUCGAGGCUGAGCGAAAGCUGCGCACUAGCGAAAAAUUGUGCCGUGACUUUCUCGAAGAGGAAGGUGCCAGCGAAGAGGAGAUUCUCGAGGAACUGGAUGUCAUACGCGUUCAAUUGGCUUACUGCUUGCAGUUGCAGGGCAAGGUUAAGGAGGCUAGCACCAUUUAUGCUGAGUGCUUGCGUCACAAGCCCAAGGAUCCGGCUCUGGUAGCAGUAGCUAGUAAUAAUGCAGUGGUCAUCAAUAAAGAUCAAAACGUUUUCGAUUCGAAAAAGAAAAUUCGCGCCGCCAUGGCCGAAGCCUGCGAGCCAAAAUUGACUUCCCGUCAAAAGCAAGUGAUUGCCCUAAACAAUUGUCUGCUGGCCUUAUUCACCAAUGCUAGCGAUCAAGUGCAGCAGCUCAGUCAGAAAUUAUCGCAGAACUAUCCCCAGAUGGAGUUCGAGGCGCUUCUUAUCCGAUGCAGUCAACUUGCCAAGGAUAAAAAGCACAAAGAGGCCAUUGAUCAGCUGCAGAAAUUCGCGGCUUUACAUAAGUCACACGAGUUUGUCACUAAAUUUGCCAUCAUACAACUGCAGCUUCUGCAAGGCAAUCGUAAGGACGCCAUCGAAACACUGCUAUCACUGGGCGAGGCCAAAUACAAACCUGGCAUUGUUUCUGCUCUAGUCUCGCUCUACUUGGGAACGGACAAUAAACCUGCUGCAUCGGCAUUACUCAAAUCCGCUGUGGAUUGGUAUAAGCAGAACAAUGUAAGCAGCGGUGAUUUAUCGGAUAUGUGGCGUCAGGCCGCCGAGUUUCAUUUGCGUGGUGGUGCUUCGGAGACUGCCGCCAGCUCGCUGGAGGAGCUUCUAAAGCUUAAGCCCAAUGAUAUGAAGGUGUUGGCACAGUUGGUCAUUGCUUAUGCACAGUUCAAUCCGAAACGUGCUCUGGAAAUAAGUCGGAAGCUGCCCAAAUUAGAAACCCUGACAACUGCUUCGGAAAUCGAUGCACUUGAGGCGGCCAACUGGGUCAUGUCCACGAAGGCGGCCAAGAAAUCGGCCAGUGCAAAGAUUGAGCCUUCGCCAAGCACGCCAUUGGUAGAGAAGAAGAGCAAAAAUAGGAAACGCAAAGGCAAACUGCCCAAGAACUAUAAUGCAGAGGUGCCCCCAGAUCCAGAGCGCUGGCUUCCCAAAUAUGAGCGCACUGGUUUCCGCAAGAAGCGUGGUGGUGGACGCACCAAGGAUGUAAUCAAGGGGUCGCAGGGUAUGGCCACAGGAGCAGCGGAUCAAUACGACAUGUCAAAUCGCGCCAAUUUGAGCAAAAAUUCACCCGUCACACCCGUCUACCAGGAGCCAACACCCGGUCCCAGGCAACAGCAUCGCAAGGGCGGUCAUAAGAAGAAGAAGGGUGGGCGCUUUUAAGCAUUGUUGUAUUGUGGCUUUUUUUAUUUUAUAUCAAUUAUUAACAACUGGAUUUGCAUUUUAAACUGUGUAUUCUUAAGUUGAAUUUUGGAGUAAAACAAUGAAUGACAAAAUUA